AUGGCGGGGUUCCGGGAGAAGCUCCCCCGCACUGGACCCGUCGACCCCUCCAUCUCCACACCCGCCGAUGGCUUCACCGAGGUCACCGAAGGAUGUCGGAGGACCUCGUCUUCAUGUCCCCGAUUUCGCAUUACCCUUGUGGCCAUUGUCAUGGCGGCCAAAAUUAUCACCGGCCCCGUCGCCCGCUUCGCCCGCCAGAUCGCCGGCCAGGGCUACAUCGUCGCCGCCCCCUCGUCCUACCACGACUUCGCCGGCCCGGAGCCCCUGGCGUACAACGUGCCCGGAACCGACAAGGGCAACGCCUGGAAGGUCGAGAAGACCCUCGAGUCCUACGAUGAAGAUUCCCGCCGGACCGUGGACUACCUUCUCAGCCUCCCGACCUGCACCGGCAAGAUUGGCAGCACGGGCAUGUGCCUGGGCGGCCACCUCGCCGUCCGCGCCUCCCUCGACAAGAGAAUCGCCUCGUGCGUGGCCUACUUCGCCACGGACAUCCACAGCCGCACCCUCGGCCCCCACACCGCAAAGAACACCUCCCCCACGCCGCCCGAGAACAGCACCCACACGCUCGACCUCUUCCCGACCCUGACCCACGCCGAGGUCGCCAUGAUCUUCGGCGUCAAGGACACCCACGUCCCGCCCGAGGGCCGCGACCUCAUCCGCGCCAAGCUGCGCGAGGCCGGCGUCACGACGAGCUUCUACGAGUUCGCCUGGGCCCAGCACGCCUUCAUCCGCGAUGAGCUCAGCAAGGGCCGCUACGACCCGGCCAUCACCAAGGUCUGCUUCGAGAUCCUGCUGGAGCUGUUUGGGCGGACGCUCAAGUUGGACCUGGGGCCCCAGGAGGGUGUCGGCGAGGUCGAGCACGUGUGCUGA